AUGUACUUGAGUAGCAAAAAUAUAAUUGGCAAUAUACCGGAAGAAAUUGGCAACCUUACUGCGUUGACCAUUCUUUAUCUCAGCAAUAAGAAUAUAAUUGGCAAAAUUCCCAAAGCACUAAGCUGUCUGCAGAAUCUACAAUUGUUGGACUUGAGAUUCAACAAAUUUCAAGGCAGCGUUCCACCCAAGUUUAGCAAGCUGGUAAACUUAGAAAAUCUAUCCCUUGGUCGAAAUAAUAUAUCUGGAGAAAUUCCUUCUUCAAUGGGCAGUCUCCAACAGCUGAGGAAACUGGACAUUAGUAGUAAUGAGCUAACAGGAAGGAUACCAGCUGCCAUUGGACAAUGUUUCCGCCUGGAAAUGGUUGAUCUCUCACACAACAGGCUUAUCGGAAGUAUCCCUAUGGAGAUCACAAGCUUUCAUUCACUGGCCUUCUACCUCAAUUUUUCGCACAAUUCACUGACCGGAAGAUUGCCUUCAUUGGGUGUAAUGCACCAUAUUCAAGCCAUAGAUAUCUCUGCUAAUAAACUCUCACGACCCAUCCCUGCAGAUAUUGGGAGUUGCGUGGGACUGCAAUAUCUGAACCUGACCAGAAACAAGUUGAAUGGAAGAGUGCCCACAUCAAUAGGACAGCUCAAAAGCCUUGAGAUCGUUGACUUAUCCUUCAAUAAACUGUCAGGACCAGUGCCACCCUCAAUUGCAAAUCUCACUAUGCUCCGCUUUCUGAAUUUUUCCUACAACGACUUGAAUGGAUCAGUUCCCAAUCAAGGAGCUUUCAGAAAUCUAAGCGCGACAUCAUUUUUGAGAAAUCCUAGCUUAUGCGCAGCCUCGGGCUGGUUGAAUUUACCAAAUUGCACUUCUGCGGAGAUCCGUUCAAAUGGAUUUAACAUGAAGGGAUCUGUUUACCGAGGACUGCUAUCUGAUAGCACAGUCGUAGCUGUUAAGGUAUUCGAUCAAGACCCUCAAAAUUCAUACAAGAAUUUCUACAGAGAGUGCAGAAUACUGAGAAAAAUUGGACACCGGAAUCUGGUCAAAGUCUUGUCCUGUUGCUCAACACCAGAAUUCAGGGCUCUGGUACUCCAGUUCAUGUCAAAGGGAAGCCUCGAACGACAGCUGCACCAGGAUUGCAGAUUGAGUUUAAAAAUGAGACUGAACAUCGCACUGGAUGUGGCACGCGCGAUGGCAUAUUUACACCAUGAUUGUUCUCCUUCUGUUGUUCACUGUGACUUGAAACCCUCAAAUAUUUUAAUAGAUGAGAACAUGACAGCCCAUGUGGCUGAUUUUGGGAUUGCCCGUCUAAUGCCUUCCACUGAUUCUGCAAGCAGAAGCAGCACAUCUAGGCUGAAGGGAACAGUAGGCUAUCUUGCCCUGGAAUACGGACUGGGUGGACAAGUGACGACCAAGAGCGAUGUUUACAGUUUCGGUGUGGUCAUCCUUGAAAUGGUGACAAGAAAGAGGCCCACCGAUGAUAUGUUCACUCGAAACAAAACUUUGUCCAGUUGGGUGAGAGCAGCAUUUCCUGAAGCACUGGAGAAGGUGGUGGACAGAGAAAUGGUAGGUGAUGAGUUGUGCGUGGAGGGUUCCAUCGAAUCCACAGAGCAGGGCAGGUGGCUGGUUAGUUUUAUUGGGAUGGCGUUGCAAUGCACGAAUUAUAGUCCAGGAGAAAGACCAACAAUGAGAGAGGUGGAGGGCAUACUUGAAAGGAUUCUGUAUGGCACAGAAUAUGGCGAUUUAGAGGGGCAUCCAUCAGUGCAGAGUCUAUUGACACUAGGCAAUGGAUUAGGCCAUCCAAAUAGCAGCACAUCAUCUUCAUCCAGUUAA